AGCGCCUAGGGUUUAUUGUUCUCUGGUUCUCCCUACAAGCUUCUCCUGAUAUAAAGAAACAAUGUCUCGUGUAUAUGUCGGUAACUUGGAUCCAAGAGUCUCUGAACGUGAUCUCGAAGAUGAGUUUCGCCGAUUUGGUGUGAUAAGAAGUGUCUGGGUUGCAAGGAGGCCACCAGGUUAUGCGUUUAUUGAUUUCGAUGAUAAAAGGGAUGCGCAGGAUGCUAUUCAUGAAUUGGAUGGAAAAAAUGGCUGGAGAGUUGAGCUUUCUCACAACUCUAGAGGAGGAGGAGGUGGUGGUGGUGGUGGACGAGGAGGGGGUCGUGGUCGUUCUGGUGGUUCUGACUUGAAGUGCUAUGAGUGUGGGGAACCUGGUCAUUUUGCUCGUGAGUGUCGCUUGCGUGUUGGUUCAGGAGGAGGAGGUAGACGACGCAGCCGCAGCCCUAGAUAUCGCAGGAGCCCAAGCUAUGGUCGAAGGAGCUACAGCCCUCGAGGACGAUCCCCCAAGCGCCGCAGUCUGUCACCUCGUGGGCGCAGCUAUAGCAGGUCACCACAAUACCGUGGACGUGAAGAGCUCCCAUAUGCCAACGGAAAUGGCAUCAGGGAUCGGCGCCGAAGCAGGAGUUAAGAGUUGCUGCCUAGGCGACUUGGUUUUGCUUGGAGAAUACUGAAAUUAGUGUGUUUAUUAUGUUUGGACUUCAGUACGACUAUGUUUUAAACGGGCAACGCCCUCAGCCUCUUGGAUUUGGUUAAGUUUUCUUCAUACUUAUUACUAUGUUAAUCUUCUUUAAGCUAUGCAGGAUAGUUGUAGGCUUAUCAAGAAGAAGGCUCUGUAGGUAGUUUUUAUGAAUUUAUUGAGACAGGUUGCUUCUGAGAGUGGUGCUAAAACUUUAUGCUUUUCUUUU